AGCGGAACCUAACACGUCUUCUAGAAGAUCGGUGCUCUUAUAUACUUUGCAGGGGGCUGCAUAAAUAUAAUCUCAAUUUUUAUUUCACUAAGAGGCUCGGUGUCACAUCCAUGCAAGACCUGCGUCACGCUGGUGGCGAUUGUCCAAGAAAAUCGAUUGCGUCUAGCUCCAGUUAGACUUCAUUGUGGUUUUUAGUUUGAAAUCAAAUUUGUUUAUUCUUAUUGCACAAUCGCGCCGUUCGUUUGUCGUUACCAGCUCCAAAUAAAGUACCACUUCAGUUUGUUUCUUGAUACGCAUUUUUUUUGUUGAAUCCGAAACAGCAUCUUCUACAUCACCGUCUGUAACCCUAAGAUCGAAGAUGUCGUGGCUCUGCCGAAAGAGAAUUACUCCGCUAUUAUGCAGCUGCAUUUGGCGGGUCGGAGCUGUGCGCAUGUACAGCUCGAGUUUAGAAGAGCCCCGACCCCCGACGUUGCCGGCAAAUGAUUGUCACGGAGGGACAGCGAAUAAUUAUACCACAAAUAUCCCAGAUCCAGAAGAAGGAGGAAAGCGGCCCCUUUUUGACCACGACUCAGGUCCUGAGUCACCACCCGGAGCUGAUCCGUCGCCCGGCGCCGCCAGCACAGGACCACCGGGUUCGUCGCCCGGUAUGGAGAGCUCCGCGAGCUGCUCAUCGCGGUCGCCGCAGCAGCAGGGGCAUGAUGAAAGCCGGGCAUGUAUUGUAAAGAAAAAUUAUCCCCCCUACCCAUAUCGAGAAGGACAUUUGUGAUGCUCUCUUUGCGUACUACACCAAUCGACUUGUAUGUAUCUUCGCUAGAAGGCCAACAAGAGACGCAGUCUUGGCCUGUUUUGCAGGCAAUUGGUCAUGCUGUUUCCCACUUCCAGUGGAGUUGCCUCCUGUCACGCUGAAGCAAGACGCAAGGCUUUCCGACGCCAUCCAGCACGACAGUCUGCAUCUUUUGCCUUCUAGCAUGACUACUCACUUGAUAACCAUGCUACGCAAAUCUCCGUUUUGAUAUGGGGAGGGGGGAGUUUUUAUUUUGACAGGAGCAUGGAGAGACUUCAUUGUUCGAGGACCACCACUGGUCUACAUGAUUUCGCCCAAAAAUGAUACGACUCGCGGACUGAGUAUUUCGUUGGACCCCGGUUUGCCCGGCGGUGUGCGGUUGUACGAGGAAGAGAGCCCGCGUGGGCAACAUGUAUUCUCACCAAGGCGCCGACCAGAUCAAGAACCCUCUGUGCGCUCAGGUCGUGGUGUGGAACGACCACGGGGAGGACCGGUGUCGAGUUCUUCUGACAGCGCCGCCCAAGAAGUUGAUCUUGACGUAGUUAGCCCCCCAAUCAUGCCGUCGAUCGCGGACCCCAGCGGCCGGGCGGACUACAUGGCGCAAUUCCAGAAGGGGUUACGCCUUGGACGGUCGUUAGCGUACAGAAGGGUGAAUUUGUAUUGCAUGACUUGCAUUUACUUAAAAGAAAAGUGCGCUACGUAUGGACACGAGCCCAAGCAUCCCACAGAGCGUGAAGGGCUGCUCGUCGCGUGGUGGCGCUUGCAGCACCGAAAGACGAGGUGGUCUUGCGGGGGCUCGCCGGGCUGUGUAGUGCGUAUGUAACCAAAGAAGGUGGAUCGUGGGGCUCUUGUUCAUCUGCGCGUCUGCCUCAGAAGUUCCUCUCCGGAAUGGUCGGGAGGGAGGGCGACGCCUGAACACAGGGGCACUAGUUCAACACGUGCGCUCUCACGAGUUGUGGUUGUGGCUUGGAAUUGGAUAUCUGGGAGUAGCCCCCUCUGGUGGAAGGGAAGGCACGACUCGGCUACGGGCACUAGCUUGCUUGGCCUGGUGUGCUCGGCUUACAACUCCCCAGGCGUGUUUUUGCCCCCGGAGCAAGUCUUUUUCGACGUGGCUCUCAGGUCAAGAAUUCUCUUGGUGAAUUUUGAGGCUUUUUGUUUUUGCGACACUUUUUUAAAGCCCCCAAACCCGGAGUUUCUCACACGCUAGCGAAUUUUGAAAAGGAGCCGGAGGCCAAAAUUCACCGGCGCCCUUUUCAAAAUUCACCCCAAAAUUCACCGGGCGCCCAUUUUCGACCGUGAUAAGCAAACUUUAGCGCAGAAAAGUGCUCAAAAAAGUGCACAGAUAGGCCAUGAGAAGGAACGCAAAGGGGGAAAAAGCGGAGUCCUCUGUUGCCCUAAGCCCGUCUGUAUUCUGCUGAAAAUGCCGCAAGAUGAUUUCACAUGCCUGCCGGGAAAAUGCGUCAAAGCUCUCGGCCGGGUCCUUUCGUCCUUGCCUGCCUUCUUGCUUAGUUGUAUGCGCUUCGCAGCCUUUAUUUCUGGCGUCUUUGCCGCCGCUGCUGCAGUGCUCUUCUGCGGGAACGCGGAGGCGCAAAAAUCUGCCCAAAGAACGGCGCCCGGGCCAUGUCCUCUGGCUGCCCACUGCACAAAAGCCCGCGGCUGCUGCGCGGUGCAGGGCCUUCUACUUCCCAGAACAGGGCCAAGAGGGACAAUGUCCCGGCGGACUCAUCUGCAAUUUGGCAUGCAAAAUUUACUACAAAUUCACCACUUCUCAUGCUAACGGGUGUUAAAGCUCUAGCGGACCCCAGCGGCCGGGCGGACUACAUGGCGCAAUUCCAGAACGGGAGCGUCAAGAUCGUGGACUGCGUCGACCAUUUUUGCGCGCAGCAGCAGCCUCCUCCGCCUUUGGAAGCAGCAGAUCAUGGAGAACAUAAAAUGGACGAUGAUACUGGUACGUUCAUCCAAACACCCUCACCCUCUUCACCUCGCAGCCCGGACGAUCCACGACGGCCGUCGACGUCGUGCGGUUUUUACCAGUUGCCACCAACGGUUGCAGCCCGUCCUCCAGCAUCAGGAGGGGACGCCACUGGCACGACCCCAAGUAGAGCAUCGGUGCCAGCUGCGCCUGCGCAAGAACAAGCGUAUGAUCCUACAGAAGACUAAUUACACCCAGGUCAGAAAAUGUUUGCUCUAUCGACCAGAUGUAAGCGUCGCCAAAUAAAAAAUCUGCGAUGGACGCUCCUUUUGACGCGAAAUAUAUGCAAUUUGCCUAUACAUGGUAAGGGCAUCAAAAAAAUUUGUGUUGUCGAGCAGAUGGGAGGGCAUCAAAAGAAAUUGUCAUGUUUGUGCAGAUGCCACAAAUAUAAUUGCAUCACUCUUAGUGCCCCUGUACAUUCGGAAUCAGGGGAAGUUCAACCGCUCUUCCGACCGGGGCAUGUGCCAUUUUCACAGGAGAAAUUAUGCCAAAAAUUGCAGUACCAACGGUAUUCUGAUGUGAUAUUUUACACUGAGCCGCGGGGCUGUAGUUUAUUUCUGUAGGAUAUUACAGCACCGGCAUCGUCGUGUUUUCUAUCGUGUGAGGUUCUGACCCCGCCCGGCCGCAUGCAAGAGCCCACGUUUGACGUUUUUGACCCUGAUGCUACAAUACAGCAGUACUGGGUGCCCUUGUGGAUGAAGAAGCUACGGAUUGCCCUCAUCCGACUUUACGUCGAAGGAGACGAGCCUCGCAUGGACGUUCUGAAUCUGAUAGGUACGUGGUAUUUGCCAGAGGUGGUUCUUCCUCUUUCUAUCGUACAGAAAAUUCGACGGCGUGAUGUCUGUCUCUAUGUCAUGCGAGUUGUGACGAGUUUAUUAGUCUAGUGAUAGUAAAAAGCUUAUGCUUAAUAUCUCCUGCUUUUGGACCUGAAAUGGCACGCCACGCUUCACAGUUUCUCUCUCUCUGUCCUCUCCUUGGUAUGUCUUGAAAUCACGCUAAUGCCGUUAAGUAGCGUGAUAGUGAUUUCAAAAAGUCCUCCAAGACUUAUUAUACAUCUACAUAUACUGUGCAGCAAGUGGCUUCACUCUCACUUUCAAGGAUGUGACAUCAUGCUAGCUCUUUUCUGUCCGGUACUCCACCGGCAAUACAAGCUGAUGCGCAAGGGAGGGAAGGGGAGGUGCCGUUCCGGCCGCGACGUGCAUGAGCAUCACGCUCACUCAGCUUCUUCUGCCGAAGCUCCGGCGAGAGGUGCGAGUUUUCAGUCCUCGUCCUCGAGCACUGGUACUAUUUCGUCCGAGAAGGUAGUUGUUCAUCAUGGUCAGCAAUUUGAGCUUGCACCACCGCUGGCAGGGUUUAAUGAUAGUCCAUAUGAUUUUCGGGCGACAACUACAAAAGCCGGUUUUACCGGCUUCGACUCCUUUGGGAACUCUGUUUAUUUCAGAGAAUGCCGGCAACUGACACCCUGCGCGCGGGAGGUGUUGGCUGCAACCCCUUCUGCGGAUUUCGCGACGCUCGAGUGGCCCGAGGGGGAUCCGAAGCAACUUCGAGAAACUUUGAUUGUGCACCUCACGCAGCGGGUGCUCUUCUUCCUCCUUGACCGGAGCUUUGAGACAACGCGAGGCAACGACCGCAGGCGGGCGGGCCACGAGCGCGACGGUGAGCGCGUUUUUCUUGCGGAAGUGCUUGCGCCGGUGGUGCGUCAUCAAGUGCUGACGGAGAAAGAAACUGACGGAUCUUCGGGUGCAGUAGACCGCGAAGAACAGAUUCUCGAAAUCGACCGCAAACUGCACGACGCGACGUUUUCGGAAGGAAGACAGGGGGUCGCAGGCUCCUUCUGGAACGCGGUCUACAGGAAAGAAUCUUGGCUAGAAGUAUGUCCCCCCGGCGUCCAAAGAGGGAAAGGCAUUUGGUGGUGCUAGCAGUAGCACCACAGGAGGGACGAGAGCGAGACGUGGCUCGGGAAAGAAAUUAAAGAUUGGGCGGCAAGGAAGUCUCGGAACACCGAGGGAAUAUUAAAGAAGGUGGCACUCAUCUUCACACGACAAGGGUGGUGCGCGUUCUUCGCCAAGGUGGGACUUCGCAAGUUUUUGCUCUCUUUUAAAUCAGCAGGGCACCGACCUGAAGAUGUUACACCUUGAUGGAAUCUCAAGAAAAAGGUCGCAAAGGGAUACCGACCGAAAUUGUUGACCUCUCGUAUCAUUCCGAAAUCAAGCUUUGCUGUCGCCCAAGAAACUGCGGCCUGCAGUCAUGAGCAUGACUUAAUAUCAGGAUGAUUUUUGGUGCCAAUGGGAGUUAUUUAUUUUCUCGCAACAAGGACAACAGAUACAGUUGGACCCACAAGGCAGGAACGAAGGAGAAUAGAACGCGAAACGUCGCCGAACUGCAUUGCAGUGCAGUAAUUGGCCAUAUUCAUUCUUUAUUGCACUGAUUUCACCGCCAUUUCAUCCACAUGCGAGUAGCGGAAUUUGAAUUUACUAACUCAUUUAUUGCCGUCUUCAAAAUCGUGUGGCCCAGGAGCGGAUCUGGACAUGAUGAUGAUUUUGUUUUUGAUUUGUAAUUGCCACGUGGCAGCUUGCAAUUCAAAUUCAUGCUUUGCUGCUCGGACUAGGCUGAUGAAAAUUUUCUUGGAAUAGGAAUUUAGUGACGUGUCGGGAAGCAAGUGUAUCGUAGCAACAAGCACGCUUAUUGAAUAUUGGACUGGCCGUCCGGAACUGGAUACUUACGGAAGGGGGUCGGCGUUUUGCUUUUGGCUGCUUUGUUGAGAGGGCGGCAGCAGUCUUGAACGGCACGCCGACCUUACUCCACAGAGUGCGCAAACUACACUACAGCACGAAGAUGGUAGAUGAACAACAUGUAGAUGCGACGUUGUCGUGCUGGUCUUCCCUCCUGCUUGUAUGUUCUUUGAGGAACAACAUGGAUAUGAAGUAUGCUCCAUUUAUGUCUCUACGUC